ACGAGCGAAUCCUGAGAGCUCCGCCGUGCAGCUCCGUCGCCGCCGCCCCCCUUAAUGGCUCGCGCUCUUCGUUCCAUCGGCGCGCCGAGAUGAAGCUCCCUCGCCCGCAAAAACUCUUCUUCAUCGGCCGCCGCUUCCGGGCUCUGUCGCGGCCCUUCUGCGACGGAGCCUUCGCCGGCCCCGGCGGCGACGAGGAGGAGGACUCGCGGUUCGUGGCGGCCCUCUCGAGCAUCGUCCGGGGGAAGAAGAGCUGGAGGGAUGCGUUCGACAACCCGUUUAUAGCAAGCUCGCUGACGCCCCGUCGCGUCGAGAAGGUGCUGAUCGGGACCUUGGACGACUGCAGGUUAGCCCUCCGGUUCUUCAAUUUCCUGGGCCUCCACCGGGGCUUCGUCCAUUCCACCGCGUCGUUCUGCAUCUUGGUCCACGCCCUCGCCCAGGGCGGUCUCUUCUGGCCCGCGUCGUCGCUGCUGCAGACGCUGCUGCUCCGCGAGCUGAGCCCGAGGGACGUCUUCGGGGAGCUCUUGAGGUGCUACGAGGAAUGCGGGUUCGCGUCGAGCCUGGGUUUUGAUCUGUUGAUUCAGGGCUAUGUGCAGAAAGGAAGGGUCUUUGAUGCCUGUGCGGUUUUCGAGCUCGCGGCGGAGCACAAGUUGCUGCCGGAGACGAGGACUUUGAGCGCCCUUUUGAGCGGGCUUGUGAAAGUUAGGCAGUUUCCGUUGGUCGUGGAAUUGUUCGAUUUUAUUCUGAGCUUAGGGAUCUCGCCGGAUGUUUACAUGUAUACGAUGAUAAUCAGGAGCCUGUGCGAGACAAAGGAUUUUGUGAGAGCCAGAGAAGUAAUCAGUUUGAUGGAGCACUCCGGGUGUCAGUUGAAUGUAGUACCUUACAAUGUGUUGAUUAAUGGGCUUUGCAAGAAUCAGAGGAUUGGGGAUGCAGUCGCGAUCAAGAAUUCUCUUGGAAGAGGUGGACUGCAAGUGGACAUUGGGACAUACUGUACAUUAGUGCUCGGGCUUUGCAAAGCACAAGAGUAUGAGGUUGCAUUGGAGUAUAUGAAUGAAAUGCUUGAGUCAGGACUUUGUCCGACUGAAGCGGCUCUUUCUGGCCUUAUCGAGGGGCUGAGGAGGAAGGAUAAGAUCAUGGAUGCUUAUUAUUGGGUUGAUAGAGUGGGGAAGCUUGGAGUGUUGCCUAACUUGUUUGUUUGUAAUGGUUUAAUAAGUUCUCUGUGCAAAAUUGGCAAGUUGGAUCAAGCUAAGUCGCUUCUUGAUAAGAUGAGGAAGGACAGUCCAUCUCCGAAUGAUGUUACAUACACCAUUUUUAUCGAUUUCUUCUGCAAGAAAGGAGAGUUGGAAAGUGCUCUCCAUUUUCUUGAUGAUAUGGGCAAGGCAGGAAUAAGAGCUACUGUUUAUACCUACAAUUCUUUAAUAGGUGGACACUGCAGGCUAGGAAAUUUGUCCACUGCCAAGUCUAUCUUUCGCGAGAUGACUGAGAAUAGAUUAACACCAACUGUAAUAACUUACUCGUUAUUAGUUGAUGGUUACUGCAAAGAAGGAGAAAUGCACGAGGCAUUCAGGCUCUACCAUGAAAUGACCGGGAAGGGUAUAGCACCUAAUAUAUACACCUUUACUGCGCUCAUUUCUGGUCUCUGUCGUGUAAAUAUGGUUGAUGAAGCCUGUAAAUUAUUUGAUGAAAUGGUGGAAAAGAAUGUUAUCCCAAAUGAGGUAACAUACAAUGUUAUGAUUGAUGGGUAUUGCAAGGUAGGCAACGUAGUUAGAGCCUUUGAAUUGUUUAAUGAAAUGCAAAGGAGGGGCCUUGUGCCUGACACAUACACAUAUAGGUCCUUAAUCGGUGGCCUUUGUUUAAUUGGUAAAGUAACUGAGGCCAAAGAUUUUUUGGAUAGCCUAUGCCAGCAGCAUAUUAAGUUAAAUGAGAUGUGCUAUGGUACACUUUUACAUGGAUUUUGCAAAGAAGGAAGAUUAGAGGAGGCAAUGACAACUGUUUCUGAGAUGGUUGAAAGAGGUAUAAAUGUGGAUCUUCUGUGUUAUGCUGUACUUAUAUAUGGAAUUCUCAAAAAGCAUGACAUAAAAAGGUUACUUUGUGUCCUAAAAGAGAUGCAGGAUCUUGGUUUAAGGCCUGAUAGCGUAAUAUAUACCAACAUGAUUGAUGCUUAUGGCAAAGCAGGGAAGUUGAAAGAGGCAUUCGGUUUUUGGGAUGUGAUGAUUACUGAAGGCUGUAGCCUGAAUGUGGUGACAUACACUGUCCUAAUAGAUUGCUUAUGUAAGGCGGGAUUCAUGGAUAAAGCUGAGCUUCUUCUAAAGGAAAUGCUAGUUACCAAUUGCCUCCCAAACCAUGUAACAUAUGGUUGCUUUCUUGACCACUUGACCUUAACAGGUGAUAUGGAAAAUGCUGUCAAGCUGCAUAAGGCAAUGCUUAAAGGGUUUUUGGCGAACUCCACCACUUACAAUAUGUUGAUCCGUGGUUUCUGCAGAUUGGCUAAAAUUCAAGAGGCUUCUGAACUUCUAGUUGAGAUGACUGCAAAUGGCAUCUUUCCAGAUUGCAUAUCUUAUUCAACCUUGAUUUACAACUAUUGUAGAAUGGGUCAUCUACAGGAAGCAAUCAAAUUAUGGGAAAAUAUGCUCAAUAUGGGUCUGAAGCCAGAUACAAUAGCAUAUAAUUUCUUAAUUUACGGUUGUUGUGUGACUGGAAACCUUAAGAAAGCUUUUGAAUUGCGGGAUGAUAUGAUAAGGAGGGGUGUGACACCAAAUCAGGUUACAUAUAGUAAUCUCAGCCAUGGAGCUUCUUUUAACAUUUUACCAUAAGAUGAAGUAGAUCAAACUAUUCAAUGUGGAAUGAACCCAAGAUGGAAUACUUUGUGAGCUUUGGCUGUGGAGUUAUCAUGUGCGGCACUCUACUGUACUUGGAUCAGAAUCAUAGGGGUCCAGGACUGAGCAAACAGCACAACACAAUGACGUUAACUGCUAUGGCGAAAUCUUUACGUCUUUCUGUCCAAAUGUGCAGACAAAUGCGGCUAAGCACAGAAAAGGAGUUGGCAUAAUACAGCUAUAAAACUGAGGGAUUGAGGCAUAAAGAAAAGCAAGCUUUUCCAAUUUCGAAUUCAUUUUAUCGUAAUGAUGUGAGAUUGGUUGAAAUGUCAUUUGCCUUGAUCAUAGUGGAAUGAUAUGUGGAUUUCCAACCAUGGAACCAAGACAUGGGUCGGGAACUAAAGCCUCUUGUAAAUUUUGUCAAGACGGCUCCCUGCGCUGGUAAGUUUGGCAGAGUUGCAGAGGUGAUGGCCAUGGGAAUCUGCACUGCACAGAACGCUCCCUUGGGGCUGUACUGUCCCUCCUCUCUCUCCUUUGUUGCGGUCUCGCUCCCCAGUUCUUGCUCAGGGGUCGCUGGUACUCGUUUGCCUUGGGUCAGAGCCGAGACGGUUCCAAGGCUUAUGUGAUGCAAGACAAAGGAUUGAUCUCAAUGCUACUGUGAGAGAAGUUUACUACACAGCUCAACUACAAUUGCCAAACUCCAUACCAGUAUAUGAGAAGAGCGAAAUGGCAAAAAUGGCAAUAAGGGCAAUGUAUCUGGACUAAUACUUCUUCUGUGGAAUAGGUGCAUACAACAUAAUGUUUGCCAUACAAGAGGUGAUCUCAUCAUUAUAUCAGUGAUUGUUUCCUCAGGAAGCUGAAAUUGCUCUAUGAUUUAAUACAACCUACAAAGUUUAUCUCGGUUAUUCUAUGAAGAGGGUUCUAGCAAGAUUGUCAUGCAGCAUCUUUUACUUCAUGCUUAUCUGGGAGCAAUAGUGUCAAUACUCCAAGCAGAUUGUGGAGGGAAGCUGAUAUUGUUAUUGGAAUCUGCGAAAGUCGGAGGGCGUAAAACACCCACUGCACUUGAUGAUUGUUCUCUAGAAGGCAUGGCAUCAAAUUGGAGUGUGUAGGAAUCUGUUUCAUACAGAUUUAGAUUAGGAUGCGAUGACUGAAGUGACUAGUGAUUGUUAUAGUCGUGAUGAGGUGCAGCUGGCCUAUGAUGCCCCUAGAUUCCUUAAAAGUGAUUGUGAGAUGUUGCGGUCAUGAGGAUGCUAUCGUGAGGUUUUAGUGUUUGUCUGUGACCUUGUGGAAGUUAAAAAUACUGUAGUUGUUGUGAAGGAUUGGUGCAAACCACGUUCUUACUGUGGUUAUGUUCUCCAUGUUCACACAUUCAAUGACAGUCCAGGGAAAACCUGGUGUAAGAAUGAUUUAAAGUGAAGAGUUGCCAAUGUAAAGCUCUUAUUUAGUAUA